GCUUUCCGCCGAACACGCGCAUGCGCAGAAGGUGUUCCAGGAGGGCAAGAUGGCGGCGCUGAGGGCAGUCGUGAGGGCCGGCUUCCAAGCAGCGGGGAAGUUCUCACAACAACAACAACAACAACAACCACACCGAGGCUUCGGCCUUUCGUCUCCUCUGGGAACGGUCAUAGUAGAACGAUGGUGGAAAAUACCGCUCAGCAAGGAAGGGCGCCCACCUCGGAUGAAACACCGCCGUUACCGAGUCUACCGUUUGGUGGAGGACACCAAGCACAGCCCCAAGGAGCCCCUGACUCUCAUCCUCACGCAAACCGUAGAGGAUGUUGGCAACCGCUGCGAUGUUGUCUCUGUGGACAAGUCUCUCGGGCGCAACAAGCUCCUUGCUCAGGACAAGGCUGUUUACGCCUCCCCCGAAAACCUGAAAAUAUUUGCAGAGGAAAGACAGCUCCGUUUGGAAGGAAAGUUGCCGAAACUCCAGACCCACACGGCCGUGAAGACUGUCCGGUUCCUGCGAAACUGCAGCCUCGAAAUCGGAGUGAAUGAGUGUGAGCAGUUUGAGCUGACCAAGGAGAUCGUGGCUCGCCACUUCCUCCGAAAUCUUCGGGUUGUGGUGCCUCCACAUGCAAUGAAGCUCCCAGAUGAGCCUAUCACAGAACUGGGUGACUACUGGUGCGACGUGACGGUGAAUGGUCUUGACACCAUCCGAGUCCCCAUGUCUGUGGUGCGGCAGGCACACCCCAAGACCAGGGGUCAGCGGUUCUGGCUGGCCCGACACGAGCCAGAGGCCACGCCUGAGCAGUAAUGCGGGAAUUGCCUUGGAGAAGGGGUUUGGGAAGCAGACAAAACCUGGAUGCAGUCCGGAAACUGAGCCUGACGCCACUUUGGGCUUGGACCGGACCUCUGUGCAAAAUGGGAUCCUUCCAUAUUUGGGUGGUACCUGAAGGUGGGAGAUCACGUGUCACUGUCCAAAAUGUCUUUUGAGGAAUUUAAUUCCACGGAGUGGUUUGUGUCCUUGGUGAGUUUCUGAACACACACUCCCGUCAGCAGAAGUAUGAACAUCAUGUCAAUAAAAAAAAUCUCUCUAUUUUUAUUGAA